CCGCUUUUGGAGCCGUUGGGUAAUUUGCAGACGCUCCCUGGCGCUGGGUUUGUCGGCCGGGGCGCUUUAAGCGACGGACCCGUUGCCCGGGGCAACGGCGUUCCGUCCGCCGUCGGGGUCCGGGCGGCAACAUGGCGCGCGGCGCGUUGGGGCCGGGCCGGCCUCGCUUCCUGGCCUGCGCCUGUUUCCUGACCGACAACCUCUUCGUGGAGCGCUACGGCCUCCACCUGCGCUACCGGGGAGACCCGGAGCAGCUGCGGAGGGACUACGGGCCGGUCCUGAGGCAGCGCGGCUGCAGGAGCGAGGAAGACUUCGCGGCCGUCCUUCGAGAGGUUGAAAAAGAAGUGCAGAGGAGAAAAGAAUUGGAUCAUCUGUCCAGAGAAAGAAAAACAAUCAUCUCUCAGAAUUACAGACCAAAACAUCCACAGCUAUAUAUUUUACAGGAAUCAUUUUUUAACCCAGAAUUUUUAGAAACCGUCAAGUACUGCACAUCCCAAAAUGCUGAUCUCCAGGGGCUCCUUCACCAUGUGGAAUCUUUAUCAAGUAAAAUUACCGAUAAGAGAAUCUACCGGUUGCCAAUAUUCACCAAGGAAUUCUGCGAAGCUUUUGUUGAGGAAUUGGAACAUUUUGAACAGUCCGAGAUGCCCAAGGGGAGACCCAAUUCUAUGAAUAACUAUGGGGUGCUUUUGAAUGAACUUGGACUGGACGAAACUUUUCUUACACCCCUGCGAGAGAAAUAUUUGCAACCCCUGACAGCACUGCUUUACCCAGACUGUGGAGGGAGCUGCUUGGACAGCCACAAAGCUUUUGUGGUGAAAUACGCACUGCGUGAAGAUUUGGACUUGCAAACUCAUUACGACAACGCGGAAGUGACUCUCAAUGUUUGCCUGGGGAAAGAGUUCACCGAAGGGAGCCUUUACUUCGCAGAAUUUAGACAGGAUGCCAAGCCUGUGCCAAAUUACCUUGAGGUCGACCACGUGCUGUUCUACGGGUUGUUCCAUCGCGGAGGGCAGCUGCACGGGGCACUGCCCAUCGCCUCCGGCGAGCGCAGGAACCUGAUUAUCUGGAUGCGAUCAUCCUCUAUCCGCAACCAGCUUUGUCCCAUGUGCAGUAGAAAGCCUGACCUCGUUGAAGCAGACGGAUUCGGGGACGGUUUCACUGGGAUUUUGGAGGGCAGCCCCCCCGGGACCACAGACGUGUGCUCGUUAACAUAGAAAGACGACGGAGGGAGAACUUUUUUCACCUGGAUUUUAAUAAAAUGUUCAAAAUCCG